ACCGCCCCCAACUACCACCUAAUCACGUCGCCGGAAAACUCGCCCUUCUCCCAAUUCAAUACCCAUCUCCUUCCAAAUCACCUUUCUCUAUUUCCGCUCCUUCUUACCCCUCUUUUCUUUAAAUUUUUAUUAUUCUUAUCUUCGCCGUCAUUCAUGAUUCGUCCAGAAUAUCGAUAAUGAUUCGUAUAGUUAUUAUAAAUUAAUGUAAGUUAUGCUAAACGUAUUAUCAUUGCUAUGCGUCCCUUCUGUUUCGUUUCAUCGAUGACUAUGAACAGCAACUCCCACAUGCCGCCGGCCGAUCCACUAAACAAAACUCAGAGUUCAGCGAUGUCUAGGCCCCCUUCAACGCGUUAUUCCCUGCCGGAUCAUAUCUUCGUUGGAGCUCCGGUUAACAAUAACAUUCACCAUCAAAACAAUCACAGCCGUGAGUUGAAGAUUGAUAUAGUUGGGAAUGGUAUUUCUGGAAUUUUGUAUAAAUGGGUGAAUUAUGGAAAAGGGUGGAGGCCUAGAUGGUUUGUUUUGCAAGAUGGGGUGUUAAGUUAUUAUAAGAUCCAUGGGUCGGAUAAAAUUGUGGUUAAUCAGGAGACUGAAAAAGGAUCGAGGGUAAUUGGGGAAGAGUCGAUGAGGCUGAUUGCGCGGCAGCAUAACAAUCAUCAUCAUCACAAUCAUCAUAGAAAUGGUAACGGUGGUUCGUCCUCGAAAAGCCGGAAGCCCGUUGGCGAAGUUCAUCUAAAGGUGUCAUCUAUCCGAGAGAGCAAAUCAGAUGACAGGAGAUUCUCAAUUUUUACUGGUACAAAGAGGCUCCAUCUGAGGGCUGACAGCAGAGAGGAUAGGGUGGCAUGGAUGGAAGCUUUGCAAACUGUGAAAGACAUGUUCCCGAGGAUGUCCAACAGUGAGUUAAUGGCUCCUUUGGACAAUGUGGCUGUCUCGACAGAAAGGUUGAGGCAGAGAUUAUUGGAAGAAGGUGUGAGUGAGGUGGCUAUUCAGGAUAGCGAGCAGAUCAUGAGAAAUGAAUUUGCAUCACUGCAAAAUCAAUUGAUGCUCUUGAAGCAGAAGUACUGGCUCCUCAUGGACACACUGCGCCAGUUAGAGACAGAAAAGGUGGAUCUGGAGAAUACAGUAGUUGACGAAAGCCAGAGACAGUUAAAGGAUGUUGGAUCAUCAUCUAGAUCAAGGCAAGAUAAGUAUAGUGAGAGUGCGAGUGAAUCUGAAGAUGAAAAUGAAAGAGUUGAUGCAGUAGAGGAAGAUACAGAUGAAGAGGACAAUACUUUCUUUGACACCAGGGACUUUCUAUCAUCUAGCUCUUUUAAAAGCAAUGGAUCGGACUUUAGAACAUCUUCUUUUUCAUCCGAUGAUGAUGAACUUUAUGCUUUUGAUGUCGAGGACAGUGUAGAUCCUGCCAUUAGAUCUGCAGGAACAAGCUUUCCUUACGUUAAACGUAGAAAGAAAUUGCCAGACCCAGUUGAGAAAGAGAAAGCAGUGAGUUUGUGGUCAAUGAUCAAAGACAACAUUGGGAAGGAUCUCACAAAAGUAUGUCUUCCGGUGUACUUCAAUGAGCCUCUCUCCUCUCUACAGAAAUGUUUUGAAGAUUUGGAGUAUUCUUAUCUUAUUGAUCGGGCUUAUGAGUGGGGAAAGCAAGGUAACAGCCUUAUGAGGCUUCUGAAUGUAGCCGCAUUUGCUGUAUCUGGAUAUGCUUCUACGGAAGGAAGAAAUUGCAAACCUUUUAAUCCAUUGUUAGGAGAGACUUAUGAGGCAGAUUAUCCGGAUAAAGGCCUUCGAUUUGUCUCAGAGAAGGUGAGUCAUCACCCCAUGAUUGUGGCAUGCCACUGCGAGGGAACAGGCUGGAGGUUCUAUGCUGAUAGCAAUUUGAAGAGCAAAUUUUGGGGCCGGAGCAUUCAGCUCGAUCCAGUUGGAAUUUUAACUCUUGAAUUUGAUGAUGGAGAAGUCUUCCAGUGGAGCAAGGUAACAACAUCUAUAUACAACCUUAUUUUGGGGAAACUCUAUUGUGAUCAUUAUGGUACUAUGCGGAUACAAGGAAACCGCAAUUACUCUUGUAAACUGAAAUUCAAGGAGCAGUCUAUUAUAGAUAGAAACCCUCAUCAGGUACAGGGAAUAGUUCAAGACAAGAGUGGAAAGACCGUAGCAACUUUAUUCGGAAAGUGGGAUGAGAGCAUGCAUUAUGUCAAUGGGGACUGCUCCUCAAAAGGAAAAGGUCAUGAAUCUCUAUCAGAAGCUCACUUGCUCUGGAAACGAUUUUACACGCUUCGCUAUCACACUGAAUGAGCUUAUUCCUGGGCUGAAGGAAAAGCUUCCACCAACAGAUUCAAGGCUUAGACCUGAUCAAAGGUGCUUGGAAAAUGGGGAGUACGAGAUGGCAAAUGCUGAAAAAUUACGACUGGAACAGCGGCAACGACAGGCUAGGAAGAUGCAAGAGAGUGGUUGGAAACCACGAUGGUUUGCAAAAGACAAAGGAUCUGAUACCUAUCGCUACGUAGGUGGGUAUUGGGAAGCUAGGAAAGAAGGCAAAUGGGACGCAUGUCCUGAUAUUUUUGGUCAAAUACCUUGUGAUCAAAUUUCAGAGGAGUAGGAUGAGCUAUAUAUCUUAGUUUUGUGUUCUCAGUGUUUAUAGUCUAUAGGAAAACAUUGGAAUGCAGCAGAUGAUGGUUGAUGGUAUGAGGUGCAGAUAUGUUAAAUGUCUGGUGUGUAUAGCCGUUAGAAGAAGCAAUUCAGUUGUUCUGAUAAAAUAAAAGUUGAGAUAGUAUCUAUCAUCAUUCCUGCCAUUUCUUGCAAUUCUCUUACUUGUCCAUAACUCCACACAUUUGUACCUGGCAUGGGUGACAUAACCUUAGUUUUUCGUCUUUCCUUCUUCUGGGAUGCUGAUCCUAUUUUCAUAGAGGACAUUGCCAUGUAUGAUUACAAUUCAGUAUUAACAAUUUCAGCGAUA